AUUACAUGCGAUAUCUAUUCACCACGUACUUUUAUUACAGGUUCUAACGACUGCCUUUUCCUAUUUGACAUUGAUAAGGCAAUCUAUCCACUAAAGAUAUUAUUUUCACUUUCAGUAUGUAAUCAUUUAAAAUAAAUGUAAUCAUUAGAAUUCACCCAACAGUGCCCCCGAAAUUUCGUUAUUGCAUCCCCUUUCUCCACUCCCUUGCGAUGUUUGCCAGUUACUGCAAUUUUGAAAAUUUUCUUCUGAACUUCAUGCCCUUGGAUACAACUUUUAUUUCAUCAUCGUAAUUCUUCCGGACACUAUAACACAAGCUUUAACAUCACAGCUUUAAAAUUAAUCCAACAUUUCGUGCCAGUGUGAUGUUCUUCGCCAGGAAGUGUGAUAUAUACUACAGCAUUCAAUUCCAAGAGAGUCCCCCAGGUGUGUACUAUCUAUUAUUUAAUAUCGCUGUGAGGAAAGCAUUUUUUUCACCCUCCGGCUGUCAAUCAUUCGUUCCAAUGAAAUGACGGUCGACCAGAGAGAGGCUCUCCCAGUGAGACUCACAUAUUUUUUGCUAUACAUUGUGGGUUUUGGAACAGAAAACUCUGCGGAAAAAAGACGAUUACGAGACCUAUGGUUGGCCAAUUCGCUGUUCCUGGCAGCCUUGGCGUUCCCUACUAUUUCCAUGGAUUUCUACUAUACACGGGGAUCUUUCAGGGAAAUGGCUUACACUGGGCUGAACGUGUUAACUACUUUCGUAAUCAUUCUAAAAUUCUUUUGUUUACUGUCGAAAAGAAGUCAAUACGAAAAUCUUUUGCGAAUUUCGCGGGAUUCGUUGUGGGGAAAUGCUAAGACAAAGUAUGAAACAAAUGUAUUGCAUCAGUGUGAAAACCAAGCCAUGUUCUUUGUGAUAUUCUUUGCUAUUUUUGCGAACUCCACAGCUCUCUUAUACAUCAUCGAAGCAGUUUUGUAUAAUGUUGGACAUAAUAUGACUGAUGUGACAGAACGUCGAUUCCCGUUCAAAAUAUGGUUAGAUCUGCCCAUUUAUGAAACUCCAAAUUUUCAUAUAUUUUUUUUUCUCCAGAUGAUGAUGGCAUUUUAUGCGGGUAUUAUGUACUGCUGUUAUGACAAUUAUCUGGUGCUCGUGAAUGUCUUCAUUGCAGGACAGUUCACUAUUCUAAAAUAUAGGUUGCAACUACUAUACACCACAAAAACUGUUCAGUCGAUCAUAACUAGGAAUAAUGGCGGGAGGACAUCGAGUGGUGACUUAAAAUUUGCUGUUCGAGAGUUUAAAAAUUGUGUGAAGCAACAUCAGUUUCUGAUUUGGAUCGUGAGUGAAUUGGAGACCCUCUAUUCGCUCAUCAAUUUAAUGUCAGUGCUCGUGUAUAGUUUCAUUCUUUGUUUGGCUGGUUAUCAGCUUAUUAUGCCUGGCAACAUUUUGAUAAGACGCAUCAAGUUUGUAGCGUACAUCGGCGGAUCUUUAAGUCAAUUACUCUCCUUUUCAUACAGCUGUCACAAUUUAUCAGUAGCAAGUGUUGAUGUUUAUGAGGGGCUUUAUCAUUCAAAAUGGUAUGAGCACUGCCAUUCCGAGAGAUCACGAUCGUUAAUCGGAGAUUUUAUUAUUAUGAUUAUGAGAGCUCAACGGCCUUGUCAUUUGACAGGAGGUGGAUUUUUUCCUAUCACGUUAGACACGAUGAAAUCAGUGCUCACCACAGCUUUCUCGUAUCUAACGUUGAUCAGACAAAGUUCUGGGGUAACUAAUGAUUGAUCUAAUUAAUUAUGGAAUAAUGUAUAUGAAAAUUUAUGACACGUUAUUACCUGUAAAUAAAUAGAUUUAUUCUGAUGAUAAACUCUAACUAACUUAUUCUUGUCGCUCAUCAGC